GGUUUCCAGGGCCAGAUGGACCUGACGGAGCUGAUCGGCGUUCCUCUCCCCCCCUCCGUCUCCUUCGUCACAGGCUUUGAGGGCUACCCGGCCUACAGUUUCGGGCCCGAUGCCAACGUGGGCCGCCUCACCAAGUCCUUCAUCCCUGACCCCUUCUACCGUGACUUCACCGUGAUCGUCACCGCCAAGCCCACCACGCGGCACGGCGGGGUCCUCUUCGCCAUCACCGACGCCUACCAACGGGUAGUGCAGCUGGGCGUGGCGUUGAGCCCCGUGGAGGACGGGUCUCAGCAGGUGCUCCUCUACUACACUGACCCGGAGGUCGGGAGCACCCAGGAGGCAGCGAGCUUCAAACUGGCUGACCUGACUGGGAGGUGGGCCCGCUUCACACUGACGGUGCAGGGGACAGAGGUGCGUCUCUACAUGGACUGUGAGGAGUAUCACCGCGUGGCCUUCCAGAGGAGCCCGGAGCCACUCACCUUCGAGGCCAGCUCGGGCGUCUUCGUGGGCAACGCAGGUGGUACGGGACUGGACAGGUUUGUGGUGAGUUGA